AUGUACGUGAGAGCCGCUCGUCAUGGCCUCUAUGGCUCGCUUCCUCGAACCGCUGGUUCCCUAUCAAACACCCAGUCAUCUCGACUUACAGACUUCCGGCUCCAGCACCUAGGGUCGGCCUCCGUGACACUCGUACCCCUCACCCAGCAUUCAUUUCACUCAAAGAGGGGUGACAGGUCAGUAGCGGAAGCCGUUCCUGCUGAGAGUGAGGCCGUCUUCGAGAAGAGACAGAAGCCCUCGCCAUUCGAUGGCGUCCGCGAACGUAGGGCCAAGGCCGGCAAGCUGAUAGCGGGCGUGGCCGCGGCGUCAGAUAGUGACAUGUUCAAGGCUCCCGUUGUGGGAAAGCCCCAGGCGAAGCGAUGGGACCAUCAUCUAUCACCGGAAUCCCUCUCCCGUCACCCCUGCUCCCUGAAGCAGGCCGCUCGCCACCUCAAGAAGCCCGGCCUUAUCUCUCUCGGAGGCGGCCUCCCCUCGAGCGCCUACUUCCCCUUUGCCGAGCUCUCCGUCCGGGUCCCCCAGGCCCCGCACUUCUCCGAGGCAGAGACCAUCUCAUCGGGCCAGGUUCUCACCAUCGGCAAGUAUGACACUCGCGACCCGGACCAGCCGAACGCCGAGUACGACCUCUCCAUCGCCCUCAACUACACCCAGUCCACCGGCUCAGCGCAGAUGAUGCGCUUCGUCACCGAGCAUACCGAGCUCGUCUACAGCCCCCCCUACGCCGACUGGCAGUGCUGCCAGACUGUUGGCAGCACAGCCGCCCUCGAGCAGACGCUCCGCAUGUUCUGCGACAAGGACCGCAAAGACUCGGUCCUCACUGAGGAGUACAGCUUCUCCACGGCGCUCGAGACCAUCUCACCGCUCGGCGUCAAGGCCGUCGGUGUCCCCGUUGAUGCCGAGGGCCUGCUUCCGGAGGCCAUGGACGAAAUCCUCACGAACUGGAACCCCGCGGCCCGUGGCGACCGCCGCAAGCCUCACCUGCUUUACACCGUGCCCUCGGGACAGAACCCCACGGGCGCGACGCAGUCGGCCGCCCGGAGACGUGCUAUUUACGCCGUGGCGCAGAAGCACGACCUGUACAUCAUCGAGGACGAACCCUACUACUUCCUUCAGAUGCAGCCGUACACCGGCCCGGACGCCCCCUCGGUGCCUCCCCCGGCAUCCGUGUCCGAGUUCCUCGGGACGCUGAUCCCCUCGCUCUUGAGCAUGGACACGGACGGCCGCGUGCUGCGCAUGGACUCCUUCUCCAAGGUCCUCGUGCCAGGAUCCCGGCUCGGGUGGGUGACGGCGUCGGCGCAGGUCAUUGAGCGCUUCAUCCGCCACGCCGAGGUCGCGAACCAGGGGCCCUCUGGGUUCUCGCAGGUCGCGGUCUGGAAGUUGCUGGACGAGACGUGGGGUCACGAGGGGUAUCUGCAGUGGCUCAUGAACUUGCGCAUGGAGUACACCAAGCGCCGCGACUGGCUCCUCGCGGCGUGCGAGAAGCAUCUUCCUCGCGACAUCGUGAGCUGGACACCGCCUGCUGCCGGCAUGUUUUUGUGGCUUAAGAUCGACCACUCCGCCCACCCUGACGGCCCCUCUCGCCCGCUGCUCGAGGUCGAAGAGGAGAUAUUCAACUCUUGCAUCGACAAGGGCGUCCUCUGCGCCCGCGGUUCGUGGUUCCGCACCGAGCAGGACACGCCGCUCAACGACCUCUUCUUCCGCGCCACCUUCGCCUCGGCCAGUGAGAAGGACAUGGACGAGGCCAUCCAGCGGCUGGGCGCUGCCAUCAAGGAGAGCUUCCGUCUUGGUUGA